GGUUAAAUGACGGCGGUGUGUUGCAAUGAGAGAGCUUCUUUGUGCGUUGUCAAGGUAUAUAAGACAUUUCUGCCGCAAUUUCUUUCUUUGGAAUAAUGUCGGCUGAAAGUGAACAUAGAGACAAUGGCCCUGAGGGCAUGGAACCAGAUGGGAUCAUUGAGAGCAACUGGAAUGAGAUCGUGGACAGCUUUGAUGACAUGCACCUGUGUGAGGCUCUGCUCAGGGGAAUUUAUGCCUACGGUUUUGAGAAGCCUUCCGCUAUUCAGCAGAGAGCCAUUAUGCCUUGUAUCAAGUGUUAUGAUGUGAUUGCUCAGGCACAGUCUGGAACUGGUAAGACUGCCACCUUUGCCAUAUCCAUCCUUCAGCAGAUUGAUGUGGAGCUUAAAUGCACUCAGGCUCUGGUCCUGGCUCCCACUAGGGAGCUGGCUCAGCAGAUCCAGAAGGUGGUGCUGGCCCUGGGGGACUACAUGGGAGCAAAUUGCUAUGCCUGUAUCGGAGGGACCAACAUUCGCAGUGAAGUCCAGAAGCUGCAGGCUGAAGCCCCUCACAUUGUAGUGGGAACCCCUGGCCGUGUCUUCGACAUGUUGACUCGAAAAAACCUGUCUUCGAAGAACAUCAAAAUGUUUGUGUUGGAUGAGGCUGAUGAGAUGCUUAGUCGAGGAUUUAAGGACCAGAUCUAUGAGAUUUUCCAGAAACUUUCAAGCAACACGCAGGUUGUCCUUCUGUCGGCCACAAUGCCAACCGAUGUUUUGGAGGUCACAAAGAAAUUCAUGCGUGAGCCUGUCCGAAUCUUGGUGAAGAAAGAAGAGCUGACCCUUGAGGGUAUCCGCCAGUUCUACAUCAAUGUGGAGAAAGAGGAGUGGAAGCUGGACACGCUGUGUGACUUGUACGAAACCCUGACCAUCACACAAGCUGUCAUCUUCAUCAACACAAGGAGGAAAGUAGACUGGCUCACUGAGAAGAUGCAUGCCAGAGACUUCACUGUGUCUGCUCUGCACGGUGACAUGGACCAGAAGGAGAGAGACCUGAUCAUGAGGGAGUUCCGCUCCGGCUCCAGUCGAGUCCUUAUCACCACUGACCUGCUGGCCAGAGGUAUUGAUGUCCAGCAAGUGUCCCUAGUCAUCAACUAUGACCUGCCAACCAACAGGGAAAACUACAUUCACAGGAUUGGACGAGGAGGUCGUUUCGGAAGGAAGGGAGUAGCCAUCAACAUGGUGACUGAAGAUGACAAGCGAACCCUAAGGGACAUUGAGACCUUCUACAACACCACCGUUGAGGAGAUGCCCAUGAAUGUGGCUGAUCUUAUCUAGAGGAGUCCACAUGCCCUUUACGCUGCCCCCCCCUUGCUUAUUUUAGAAAUUGAACCUCAUUACUUUAUGAUCUGAACCAUGACUACAGUCUACAGGAAGGAAGAUUGCAGUUCUUCCUCCUAGUUUGAAAUAUUUUUGGCCAUCUUGGAAGGAUGAAUUGCUGACAACUUAAUCUGCUCUCUAUAGUGAUGCUCUAUAUCGCCACCUAAAUACUUUAAACAUUAAUUUGAACAUUUCCAAAUUGAAGGUCUGCAAGAUUAGCAAAUUUGGAACUAGUUCUCAGUAGUGCAAACAAGUGCAUUCUUGAAGGAUCCUUGCUCUGACUGUUAAUGAUGUUUUAAUUGGUAACUUUCAAAGUGAAAACUUAAGCUUUUGUGAAAUGUGUCUGGGUUGUACCCCGACUGCAUCACCAGGUACUGCACUGGUAGUUACUUGUAGACUGUUGGCUCGACUGAAAUUGGGUCUAGACUUGCCACAUACAGAAAAUUGGACAUGCUCUAUUUGACCAAAUCAGUAUUUAAACAAGCGUCAGUGUACUUAAAGCAUCUAUGGUCAUGUUAAGAACAGGUUUUGGGGGGUUCUAGAGUACACAGGGCAUAUUCAAUAAAAAGACCUGUAUAGUAAAAUCA